GUUUAGCCGCAUGGUUUUCUCGACUUGCUGCGGACUGUAGUUGAACCUUGAAGGUAUUUCGAUUCGAUCGCGUCCAUUUGGGGUAGUGUGGUGUCCCUGAUUCAUAAGUUUUGUGGAAUUCUUGCUUAGUGCGCUCUACUUGGAAUAAUUUGUGGAGUUUUGUGCAAACAGUGAAUUUAUUUUAGCUAGUCAAAAUGUUCAGUGGAAUCGCAGACAAGAACCUUGGAGCGUUCCGGAGUAUCGGAGAGAAGACCGCGUCUCUCUUCGAGCGCAAGAAGAAGGAUGCGGAGCAGGUGGCCCAGGAGAAGGCGCAGGAGGCCGCCCACGUGGUGGAGGAACAGGUGAAGAAGACCGGGGAGAUCAUCGCUGGCGCUCAGAAGACCGCUGAGGACGCUGCUGGCAGUGCUGCCAACGCCAAGCAGUCAGCCAUUGAUGCCCUGGACAAGGAGAUGUCAAAGGUGUCCCUGGCGGCAGGAGAGGCUAAAGAUGCCGCCAGCCGCGCCGUGGCUGAUGGCAAGAAGGCCGUAGACACCACUAAAGAUACACUUGCAACCACAGUUGAUAACUCAAAGAAGGCAGCCGAAUCUGCGGUGAACACAGCUAAAGAUGGUAUCUGUAGCGUCGCGGACUCUACCAAGAGCACCGCUCAGGGAGCUGUGGACACAGGUCUGUCGUAUGUUGGGAGCGCCAAAGAUUCAGUCGCAAGCGCAGCCCAAAGCACAAUUGACACCACCCAAAAGACCGCACAAAGCGCAUUUGACACGAGCAAAUCUUUUGCUACCGGUGCUAAAGAUACAAUUGCAAAUACAGUAAACUCUACUGUCGAUUGCACCAAAAACACAGCGCAAUACGCUGCCGACUCUACCAAGUCAUUCGUAGACAGUGCUAAAGAUUCAGCAGAAAGCUCAUUGCAAUCGGCUCUGAAUGCGUCGGUGACCGCCGCCUAUUCCGCUUACGACGUUGGAAAGUCGUAUUUCGAUAGUGCUAAAGAUACUGUAGCCAGUACGGUAGAUUCCACUAAAAAUGCAGCCCAUAACACAGUCGAAUUAGGGAAAUCGUACGUCGAUUCCGCCAAAGAUGCCGUUACAAGCACGUACCAAAACACAGUCGAUACCACGAAAAAUGUUGUAAACUCUACUGUGGAUACAGGCAAAACAUACGUUAGCAGCGCUAAAGAUGCCGUGGCGAACACGGUGAACAGCACAGUUGACACAACUAAAAAUGUCACAGCAUCUGCCAUUGGAAAAGGAACUGAGUUAGUGGGCAGUGCUAAAGAUACGAUUGCAAACUCAGUAGACUCGGCGAAGAAUGUCUCGACCUCGGCUUACGAUGAGGGACUUUCAAUCGCUGGAGCAACCAAAGACACUAUAGCAAACACUGUGACAGCUACCGUAGACACGACAAAGAAUUUCACAUCAUCGGCUUUAGACAAAGGUGCCACGUUAGUAGGCACUGCUAAAGACACCGUAGCAAACACAGUAUCAUCCACUGUAGACACAACUAAGAAUGUAGCUGCAGCUGCAGUAGACAAAGGGACAUCACUAGUUGGCACUGCUAGAGACACCGUAGCAAACACAGUAUCUGCCACAGUAGACACGACCAAAAAUGUGGCCUCGGCUGCAGUAGAAAAGGGCACAUCACUUGUAGGCGCUGCUAAAGAUACCGUAUCUGCCACAGUAGACACAACUAAAAAUGUGGCUUCAGCUGCAGUAGAAAAAGGCACAUCCAUAGUAGGUUCUGCCAAAGACACCGUAGCGAACACGGUAUCGGCUACUGUAGACACAACUAAAAAUGUUGCCGCUGCCGCUGUAGAAAAAGGCACUACAUUAGUAGGCACGGCUAAAGACACCGUAGCAAACACUGUAUCGGCGACUGUAGACACAACCAAAAAUGUAGCAGCGGCCGCAAUAGACAAGGGCACGUCACUGGUAGGAACUGCUAAAGAUACCGUAUCAAACACCGUAGACACAACCAAAAAUGUAGCUUCAUCCGCAUUUGAGAAAGGCACAUCCCUUGUAGGUUCAGCCAAAGACACUGUCACCAACACAGUAUCAGCUACUGUAGACACAACUAAAAAUGUUGCUUCUUCUGCAUUUGAGAAAGGCACAUCAUUAGUAGGUUCCGCCAAAGACACUGUAGCAAACACAGUAUCGGCAACAGUAGACACAACUAAGAAUGUUGCUUCGUCCGCGUUUGAUAAAGGAACAGCAUUAGUGGGCUCAGCUAAAGACACUGUAGCAAACACUGUAUCCGCCACAGUAGACACGACCAAAAAUGUUGCUUCGUCCGCAUUUGACAAAGGCACAUCACUAGUAGGCUCUGCUAAAGACACUGUAGCAAACACAGUAUCAGCAACGGUAGACACAACUAAGAAUGUUGCUUCGUCCGCGUUUGAUAAAGGAACAUCUUUAGUGGGCUCUGCUAAAGACACCGUAGCAAACACUGUAUCGGCAACUGUAGACACAACUAAGAAUGUUGCUUCGUCCGCGUUUGACAAAGGAACAUCAUUAGUGGGCUCUGCUAAAGACACCGUAGCAAACACAGUAUCGGCUACUGUAGACACAACCAAAAAUUUCACUGCUUCAGCAGUAGACAAGGGCGCAAGUUUCUUUGAUUCUGCUAAAGACACAGUAGCAAACACUGUAUCAGGCACUGUAGACACAACCAAAAAUGUGGCUUCAUCUGCAGUAGACAAAAGCUCUGCUUUUGUAGGGUCAGCCAAAGAUACAGUAACAAGCACGUUAUUUAGCACCUCAGAGUCUCUUGAAAAGAUCGAGAACGAAGUUGAAGAAAUAGCUGAAUGUUCUUCAGAUGCCAUCCACACGACCAUGGACACGACGAAGAAGGCAGCCGAGGAUGCGAAGGCGCAGACGAUGAAGGCAGCUGAAGAUGCCAAGGAGAGGGCCAAGGCAGCCGCCGAGGCCGCCAAGGAAGAGGCCAAGAGGGCAGCCAACAUCGCCUUAGAAGAGUCCAAGAAGGCAGCAGAGAAGGCGGCUGCCGAUGCAACCAACGCCGUCAACAGCACCGUCGACAGCACCUUCAAGCGAGUGGAGCACGCCACCGACGAGGGCCUGAAGAAUGCCGGCCAUGUCGUAGACUCCAAGCUCAAGGACGCCGACAAGUUCCUCAGCGAGAAGAGAGAUACGUUGGUGACCAACUUUUCGACGGCAGCGCAUGACGGCGCGCAGGGCGCCGCAGGGCUCCUCAGCAAAGGGCUGGCCACCUUCCCCAAGUGAACCCUCCCCGAGCCUGCAUGCCAUGUGUAUACGGAAACUAACAUAGGUUAUGACAAGUAGACCCUUAUAUGACUUGUGCUCCAUUUUUGUUUAGAUUCUCCUAGGUAUUUUUUUACCAUUUUAAGUCUAUUAAGUUACUAAAUUUUCAUUUAUUUUGCGUACCUUGAAUGUUAUUUUACUAUAUUUAUAAUUUGUCUCUCGUUAGUUUCCGAAUACACACAUUAAUCUUUGUUUAUACUUGCACAUUGUCUUUAAGUUUUGAUAUAAUGAUACAAUUUAUUGUAUUUUAUUAAGUGUCUGCCUAACACAGAAUGGAGGUUGCGUAACACCAACAUCGCGAACAAUGUAUCUUAAGUUUUAUUUUUAAGCAUUUUAAUGGUUUGUAUACCUCAAAAUCGUAAAUAAACAUUAGGUAUGUUAAUUCACAAAAAUGCAAUCUCAUUUUAUCUUACAUUAUAAAAAUGUAUAUGAUCGUACAAGUAGGUAAGUUUAGUUGUAAGUAAGGUUUUUAUUUCAGUUUGUUUUGCAUUUCACAUGCAUUUCAAAUUCCAAAUUCAGAAAAAAUGCUUCGCUUUACCGUCCAUUGAAGGCCUUGGAAAUUGUUAUACUGGAUAUAACUACGUAGGUGAUCGGAUUCGCAGAAGUAUUUAAUAUCUUUGUUACUAAGAAUGUUUCAGCUUUUGGAAGAAUAUUACACUGUUCAAUAGCUUUUAUUUAUCUUAUUAAACUAUUUACACAGAUUCACGUACUGCUCGGCAGUCUAUUUUUUAUUGCCAACAGAUUUUAUGGUUCUUCAUGUUGUUCUUCAAGGUAGUUUGACUACCUUUUACACUUUACUGCUUUUUAAA